ACCUCCUCCACUUUCUAUGCAUGGGAGGAAAUCCAAAUCCUUGCAUUCCAAAGGAGAAGCACAGGGAAGGGGAGAGAAAACACUGACCCAGAACCAGAGCCAAAGGGGGUUUUCAUCAAUGGCGUCUUCUCUGAACAAAUCAUCUCCAUACAAUAAAUAUGAGAUAAGGAAGAGAAACCCAGAUCCUAAAUCGUGUGCUCUUUUGGUCAUUGACAUGCAAAACUACUUUUCUUCCAUCGCCAAGCCCAUCCUCUCCAAUCUCACAACCACAAUCCGUCUCUGCCGGAACGCCUCCAUUCCCGUCAUCUUCACGCGCCACUGCCACAAGUCCCCCGCCGACUACGGCAUGCUUGGUGAGUGGAGGAACGGCGACCUCAUCUUCGACGGCACACCGGAGGCGGAGCUUAUACCGACGCUCGAUCGGAAGCCGGAGGACAUGGUGGUGGAGAAGAACACCUACAGCGCGUUUAGGAAUACUCGUUUGGAGGAGAAGCUUGGGGAGAUGGGGGUAAAGGAAGUGAUUGUGACGGGGGUGAUGACGAACCUGUGCUGCGAGACGACGGCGCGUGAGGCUUUCGUGAGAGGGUUUAGGGUUUUCUUCUCAGCGGAUGCCACGAUGACGUCGGAUUCGGAGCUCCAUGAGGCCACUUUGAAGAACAUGGCUUAUGGGUUUGCUUAUUUUCUCGAUUGUCAGAGGCUUCAAGACGCUCUCUCUGUAAAAUAAACCUUCUAGGCGUUUCUGUAUGAUUUUUAAAUAAAAUUUCUUUCUUUCUCCAAAAGAACUUGUGGAUCGCUGUGCUGAUUAACUCUGCUCGUGGAAACAUUGAAUUUUUCAGGAGUUGAUGAUCAAAAUUGAAGAGGAAGCAUAUAUCUUAACUGAAUUUUAAGCUCUGUCUGGUUGGAAAAAGUGGUACUUGUAUAAUUAGCAUUAAAACAUAUUUUGCCCAGGGCUUCUUAAUUCUUCUUCUCUGAAUUAAAUAAUGUGAGAGUUUGAAAAA